AUGAAAUAUUAUUAAAUCGAUACUUUAAAGAUUUUAGGAGUAGAGUCAGUUUACAACUAGAUUUUACCGUUUCAAUUCAUUCAAUAUUUCUUUGAGAGUCUUUAGUUUUUGUUAUAAGAAAAAAAUUACUUAGAUUUACAGAACAAAUUUAAUAAGAGAUUGAAAAAUAUAUAGAUAAAUUGA